AUGGUUGUUCGUGAAAUCAUCAACGUAUCUGAUUCGAGUGAACCUGAAGAAGAAGAAACAAUGCAAGUUCCUGACUCUUCUCCAAUGAAAACUCCAGAUCAAAAAACCGGUGGGUUGGACCCGCUGGACCCGUUGGACUCGGACCUUUCAUCUCCAAUAAAACCUGUCACUAGACUUUCCAGUCUCAAAGAAAGAUUUGGAUACAAUAGUCAGAUGAAUCGAGGAGGAUUAUCACUUUCCAUGUCGAAAGAUUACUCUAUAUUAAGGGCGAAAUUCCCUGGAAUACCAUCGUCUACUGUCAGCAAGAUGUUGAAGCAGAGGGGCUCCUGUGAAGAGGCUGAAAGAGCACUCAGAUCUAUGAAUAAAAUUGAUUUCAAGCCAACUUUGAAACUGAAGCGUCCCAGUUCUGUAUUUGGUAACAUGUCGUCACCUUCGGAUAAAAUACGCCUAUCAUCGUUAAAGUUCGACUCUCCGUUGAAGGAUCAUGAUGUUGUAUCAUCCAAGGUGACUCUAAAGAAUAACAGAUCCAUUGCAGAAAGAUAUGGAACCACCACCAAGAGGAAGUACGGUCAUUUUCAGUUUGAUUUGGAUGCUUUGGACGAGGGAAAGAUGAAGAAAAAGACUAAGCAUAGACGGUUAAUUCGUGGAUCAGAGAUGAUUCAGCGGGUUGAAGAUGGCGAGGAGAGUAGUGUUUCCGAAAGACUACGUAGAGGAGAAAAGAAGGAGUAUAUUGAGUUAAGCAGUGGCAAUGAAGAAGAAGCAGAAGCAGAAGAGGAGACAAAUUUGAUGGAGGAUGACUUUGAUGACUUUGAUCAGGACGUUGAGUCCGAAUCUGAAGAGGAUACGUCGUUGAACUUCGAUGAAAGAGUGAUGAAGUUUCUCAAUACGGCAGAUAUUAGAGACAUUGUGGACAUUUCUGGUGUUCCAACGGCCAUUGCACAGACUUUAAUUGAAGGAAGGCCCUAUGAGAGUUAUGAACAGGUUGAAAACAAGGAGUUUAUUGAAGUCAAGAGUGAAGGUGGUGGUAAAAGCAAUAGACGAAAUGGUUAUAGGAGAAGACCUAUAGGAGAGAAGAUUAUCGCUACCACGAUGAGGAAAUUGAAAGGCUAUGAGAUGGUUGAAUCUUUAGUUGAUCAAUGUAAAAGAUAUGGAGAUGAUAUCAAGAGAGCUAUUAUAAAGUGGGGUGUUAAGGUGAAUAAUGAGACGGGAGAGUUGGAGAUAUUGAGUGUGAAUGCAGAUGACGGUGAGGAGGAGAAUGAAGAAGAUCUUGGCGACCUCGAAAUUGUUUCUUCACGGUUGAAGGCUGAUGAGAAGAAGAAGGAUGAUGAUGAGAAUGAUGAGUCUCUUAGUGAUAAUCCGGACGAUGAAGAUUAUGGAAGCUCCAAACGUAAAUUGGUUUCAAGAGGUCAACUCAAUCCAAAUCGUUCUUCACGGUUUGGAAAAAUUGGGUACUUUAAGAAUAAGCCAAAAUUGAUGGCCGAUGACUGUAAACUCAAGGAUUAUCAGCAGGUUGGAAUCAAUUGGCUUACAUUACUCUACAAGAAAGGUUUGUCAUGUAUCUUGGCAGACGAAAUGGGAUUAGGUAAGACCAUUCAAGUGAUUGCGUUUUUGGCACAUUUGAAAGAGUGUGGAUCACCUUCACCACACCUUAUUGUGGUUCCUGCAUCCACUUUAGAGAAUUGGUUGAGAGAAUUUGAAAAGUUUGCACCCUCACUAGACGUGAGGCCUUAUUAUGGUUCGCAAGUGGCCAGAGAAGACCUACGGAUGCAGUUAGAAGACGAUGAUGGCUAUGACGUUCUUGUUACAACGUAUUCUAUGGCCACCGGUGGCAAGCUCGAUCAAGCAUUCCUUCGCUCACGUAAAUUCAACGUCAUUGUGUAUGAUGAAGGUCAUAUGUUAAAAAAUUCCGCCUCCAAUCGAUACCAGAAGUUGAUGCGAUUGCGAGGUCAGUUCAGACUUUUGUUGACAGGAACUCCUUUGCAGAACAAUUUGAGGGAACUUAUAUCUUUGCUUUCCUUCAUCUUACCCCAGGUGUUCACGGAGAAAAAGGCCGAAUUGGAGGAUCUUUUCGACCAGAAAACAUCUACCAACGCAUCCAAGAAAGUUAGUAUAGAAGAUGAGAAGGUGAACCCUCUCCUCUCUCAGCAGGCCAUAAAAAGAGCACGGACUAUGAUGACUCCGUUUGUAUUGAGAAGAAAGAAAAGUCAGGUGAUGAAGUAUCUACCUGCCAAGCAUAACCAUAUUCUCUACUGCGAUAUGACAACUGCCCAGAGAGAUAUAUACGAUAUCUCCAUUUCUGAGGUUCGAAGCAGGAUUAAGGAGCAACGGAGACGGAAGGGUAUGACGGUAGAAGAAAUUGCCAAGCUACCAAAGUUGGAAGGUAGCAAUAAUUACAUCAUGUCACUCCGUAAGGCGUGCAUGCAUCCAAUGAUUUUCAGGUAUCUCUAUACGGAUGAUGUCCUUCGUGUUAUGGCCAGGAAAAUCAAGAAAAGUCCUCAGUAUCACGAUGCUUAUGAACAGUAUAUCUAUGAGGAUAUGACCGUUAUGUCGGACUUUGAGAUAAAUCAGUUAUGUCAUAACUUUCCUAGACAGUUGGGAGAAUAUAUUCUUCCAAUAGAGUUCUACAUGCACAGCGGUAAGGUGAAGACGCUGAUGGACCUUGUACAGAAGAUUGUGAGUAGAAAAGAGAAAGUUCUUGUCUUUUCGAUGUUCACGCAACUAUUGGACGUUCUGGAGAAGGUGAUGAGUUUCAAAAACUUUAAGUUUGUAAGGUUGGAUGGUUCCACGGCCGUUGAUGAAAGGCAGAAUAUUAUUGAUACGUUUUAUGAGGAUGAAACGAUUCCUGUAUUCUUACUCAGCACCAAAGCUGGAGGUUUUGGUAUCAAUUUAGUGGCAGCUACGAACGUUAUUAUCUAUGAUAUGUCUUUCAAUCCUCACGAUGAUAAGCAAGCGGAAGACAGAGCUCAUAGAGUGGGUCAAACUAAAGAAGUGAAUGUUUAUCGAUUGGUUUGUAAGGAUAGCAUUGAGCAAAACAUCCUUCAGGUGGCAUAUAAUAAGUUGGAAUUAGAUACAUCGAUGAUGAGUAACGGAAAGGUUGUUGAGGAUAUGGUUAUUAAGAAAUUGGAUGAGGCGAUUCCUAACUCACCUGACGCCACGUCCAUUCAGCGGGACACUACAGCCCUGCCUCAAAAGACUCAUGGACUUCUUGCGCAGACAGUAGCUGACGAUGACGAUUUGAUCAAGGUGGCGGAAAAACGAGUCCACGACCCUGCUUAUAGCAUGAAUUUCCCUCUGACGAUGCCUCCCUCACCUGUUCACAUUCCUGUCACUGUUCCCGAUAAUCCAGAGACCCCCAUUGAGAUGCAUAAUAUAUAA